AUUGCCAUUUAUGCCUCUCAAAAAUGCCAUUUUUGAACAUGUUAACAGUUAAAAUCCAACCAAUCUUCCUCCAAAACUUUAGGAACACGUGUAUACUAUUACCAAACAUAGUAAAAUCUCCUAAAUUCUUUUGUCUUAAUUGAAAUCUUAAAUGGAAAUUUAUUGGCACACUCAUAUAUAUAGACUGGUCCAUGCCAAUGUUCUUACUAAACUCGGCUCUUAUUUUCUCCAAUUUUUACUUGAUUUUCAAGCUUUGUCAGCAACUAUGGUGGCGAUGGCAGUGAAGAACAAAAAAGAAAGGAAACCAAGUCAAGGCAGGAAAAAGAUCCCAAUAAAAAUGAUAGAAAUCAAAUCAAACAGACAAGUCACGUUUACUAAGCGUCGCAAUGGUUUAUUCAAGAAAGCAAGUGAACUCUGUGUAUUAUGUGGUGCUGAACUUGCUGUUAUCGUUUUCUCUCCGGCCGGUAAAGCAUACUCUUUCGGAAACCCACAAGUCGAUUCCACCAUAAAUCGGUUCCUUAGCUCACAUGAUAAUAAUAAUAAUCAUCAACUGGCGAUUCGACCGAACAAUGUUCAUCGACAUGGAUUUUCGGCGCAUGAACAACAACAGCAGCAGACACAGCAACAGUAUAUUAAGGUUUCUAAUCAGCUAGACCUUGAGAAAAAGAGAGGAGUUUUGGUAGAGAAACUGAAAAAACUUAAUUCUACUGAUAGCGAUAAGUUUUGGUGGGAAAUACCCAUUGAUGGGUUGAGUUUGAAUGAACUAGAACAGAUGAAAUCAGCAAUGGAAGAAUUGAAGAAAACCGUCGCUAAAAGAAUCGAGGAGUUGGUGAUAAAUGGAGCUGCUGCAUCUUCUUCUCCAGUGAUGAUGCCGACGCCGUUCCUGAACCCGAAUCCAAUCUGUUGUAUGAAUUCAUACGCAGCUGUUGAGAAUCUUCCAGAAGCAAAAUGCAGUAUCACUGCUACUGCUACAACUGCUAUUGUCCCUUAUGAUGAUUAUAAUUGCUGAUUUUUUUUUUAUAGGUUAUUCUUUUUCUUAUUCUUUAGAUUGGUUUUUCUUACAAUGUUUUGCGCUCUUGUAAAUUCAAGUUACAAAUAAAACUUUCUUUAUUUA